ACCGCUUUAAUGGAUAUUGGCAGAGGUGAUUGGGACCGUUACCGCCGCCCUCUCGAGCAAUAUCAUUUGUUUAUGGAGAAUCUGCUAUCCCUCCAGAAUUAUAUGGUAAUCUUCACGGACAUAUCGAGCUACAGUUUUAUUCAUAAAUACCGGAAAAAUAUGGGAGAAAUGCAUCGCACAAAGAUCCAUUUGAUAACCCUGAAUGACCUCCCGCUAGCCCGUCAUUUGGAUGCUGCAAGUAAAAUCAUCGAAGAUGAGCAUCGUAACGACAAGCUGUGGCGAUCGAUAUGGGAUCCAGCAAUGAAGGAUCACCCAGAAGCAAGAAGCGCUGAGUAUGACGUACUGGUCAACUCGAAAACCUAUUUUCUCUACAAUGCAACUAUAGAAGACCCAUUCUCGACAGAAUUUUUCGUUUGGAUUGAUGCUGGCUACGGACACGGUAACCAAAGUGUUUUCCCCUACAACAACAAAUGGAAGCCGCAUUUCCCUUCCAAUAAAAUUUCCCUAAUCAAACUUACUCCGGUGCACGAUUCCAUCUCCGGCUAUAAUAUCGGCAGUCUCUACCGCCGCAACUGGUCGGUGAUUUCAGGAGGGUUCGUUGCAGGUGACAAAAGGUCGAUUGGGCAGUUGUAUACACUUGUUCAUAGGAAAUUUAUCGAAUUAACAUACCAUAACAAGGUGGACGACGAUCAGACAGUGCUUGUGCUGGUAAUUAACUCCUACCCGCAACUGUUCUCCAUUACGCAUGGUGACUGGUUCGACGCCUUUCGCCUUUUCAGUAGCGAUCAAUCUCAGUACGGUUGA